AGCUCUUACAUACAUUAAGGUUGUAGCAUUAGGUGCGUUCAUCCGUUCUAAUUGAUAGAAUUGUUCCAGACACAACGUUGUUCGUUGAUAGUGAUUUCAGUUUACCACAGGUGGUUUUCUGUGACGCAGUAUGCAGAAAAUGUAGUGAUCACAUUUCUCUACGUGUUUUCUAUGAUAAAUAUUUCAUGUUAAAAUCAUGAAAAUCGCUUCUUUUAUUAUUUUACUAGCGACAGUUGUACUAGUCGCGGGUGGCGUUUACGAUAACCCAAUCUCACUGACGCACGAGCUAUGCACCAGCCACCGUUUACCGGCCAUUCGGUGUCCGUCUGGUAAGUACGGUAUGGCCGGCACCAUCGUAUUCCCAGCGCACAUCCAACAUCACGACUGCCGAGUGUAUCUGGCCAUACAAGCCGGCUGCCCGCACAAUUCAUCGGCCGAUCAAUUCGCCAUCUACAUCAAUGUCAGAAAAGCUGAGUUAUACGGCAACAGCAGUCUAAUCAUGAGUGACCAAGCUACACAAUAUAAUGCCCUGACCCUGACCGGUGCCGGGCAUCACGUCAACAGCGAUCCCGAAUCCCUGGCCCAGUAUAUACCAUAUUAUUCGCGUGCACCCAAUAUUUCGAUCACAUAUCGGAGCGGCUUAACCAACGCCAGUGGCGGCGUACGUGUAUAUCGGUCCAUCACCCUCGACUACAUUGUCGUAUUAAAGGGGGGAUUCGGUGACGGCUACACGUACUGUCGCGCUCUCGGUGGGUUUAUGGACAACUACUUCCUCUGCAAUACGGACAACGGGCGUGUCAAUUGCCCCUCGCCGACUUGGUCAAACUACUACGGAAGCUAUAAUCCAGCGCUGGGUCGACAAGCCUGUCCGCUGGCCACAGAAGCGCCAAGUACCGCGGAAACACCGGAGGUCAUUCAUCCGCGCGUAGACUACCUGUGGGGCAUCGGAGCGGCCGUCGUGUUGGCGGGGGCCAUCCUCAUUCUGUUGGGAGUAUUCUGCUCCUCCAAGAAGGCCCAUCGACGUCAAAUUCAGUAUGCACAGUUCACCAACAAUCCGCAUUCCGCUGUACUGGACCACGAAAAAGCGCUACCUCAGACUUUGACUCCCGAUGAUAUUAAAGAAUCCUUUAAGCCGUACGAGCGAAAAGCGGAGAAGCCAGUCGAUGUACCAGUUCAUGGGGAAUUUUUUUGAACAGAGACUUUGCCCCGUAAUGUGUACAUACAGACGUUCGAAACAGUGUUCAACUUUUUGCAGCUUUGGACGAUUCAUUAAAACGUUUUACGUAGGGAGCCGUUUUCCAUGUUACAGGACCCCUCACUUCAAGCAGCAAGCAUUCUUUUUCGCUCAUGUCUUGCCACCAUUCCUACGUGUGUAAGACCAUGAUACGAUUAUUGAAAAUUCUGGUGUAAGAUUGAAAAAUAAUAAUAUGUGAAUGUAAUUUUUUGCCGACUAUUUGUCUGCGCUGUUUUUGCGUAGUGCCGACUGCUUAUUUUUUGAAACUGUUUGCGUGCAGAUUUAAUACUACGUAAGCGCUUUCAAGCUAGUUAAUUAUGAUGUCAUUCGGGAAUGAAUAGGGUGACUAAAUGGUCAGAGUGCAGGUUAGUAGGGAAAACAUCCGCGUUUGAUGUGUAUCUGCGUUUUCCGUGCUUGUAUAGACGCAAACUUGCGAUGUACAAGGCUUGCACUCCGUACUGUAUCACACUCGGGUAAACUAGCACAUACAUCUGCUAAUACGUAUUGCUGUGCAAUCAAAUCCUCAGGCCUUGCAGGCACGUUCAAGGCACGUCUUGUAGAGUACUUCGUCCAUGCACUGUGGAAUUAUAUGCAUUAUUGCUAUAGGUCGACUUUGAAGGUACCAUGGAAGCUUUUAGCCAUCUUUUCCUGUUCGUUUUAUUGGGCAUUGAAUAUUUAUCAAGAAAUGCUUUGGCUCAGCGUUAUGUUUCGUAUCCGGAUCUGGAGAACACGUGCAACCAAACUAUGGUAAUGAUGUCGUUGGGGUGCCCUGGUACCUUCAGUGGCACAGCCGGAACCUUCCGCUAUUUCGACAUCUGGAAGCUGUCCGAAGGAGAGAUGUGCUACUUUAACGUUUUUAUGGACCCUAGCUGCGGCAUGUCAUCUGCCAAGUUUGCUUUUUAUUUCAAU